CGGCGCAGGCAAAGAACAAUAGGCACCAAAUCCGGCAGGGCUUCGCCUCGCUGCUAGAGCUUGCCGUGUCUGGGGCGCUCAACGCACUGAGGGGAAGCUCUCCGCCAAUUACGCAACGCUUCAGAGUCCAACCGACAAUUCCGGACCGCCACAAGACUCCUGAGCAGUGCGGCUCUCAACCCCUCACGCAUAUUUGCUUCGCUAUCCCUCAGCUUGCAGCGUGUCCAUUUUAAAUCGCUCUAUGCUGUAGCUCGUCUUACACCCCGACGAAUGCCACAGCAGCCUUUCCCCAACCGUCUCGCCAGGGUACACUGUCUCGGUGCAUAGAUGCCUGAGCAUUGCUCGACGCCGUCUUGAAAACCACUUGGCCAGGCUGGCGCAGCACGCACUAUAUUAUCGCGACCGAAUUCUCAAUACACCAAACGCCUAAAAGAUGACAUCGUCAUUCAACCCGUUCCGCAACAAGAUGGCCUCGUCCACGGCGGAGGACCGAUUCCCGCCAAUCGAGUCUAUUGACACAUCGCAGCCUCAACCCCCCACAAGCUUCGCACAAGACGUAGCUGACGACGUGGCUUUCGAACGAAACGAUCACGAUCCGCAAACAAAAAAGAAGUCGGCUAAAAAGGUCCGCUUGGUUACACCGCCACCUUUAUCACCAGACUCGCCCGUAUGGCCUACUCAGCAGGAUGUAUCAACAGCGUUCCCUGCUGUCAACUAUGAGUCGGAUAUAUUUGGAGGCACAAACACUGGAUAUCCGCCUACCGAAGACAAUAAUCUAGCGAAAUUACUGUCAGAGAGAGGACCCCCGGCGAAUCCAUUUAGUAAGACUUUACAAGACCUAGAAAGUUCGCAAGAUGUAUCAGAAGAUGAUGCCGAAGAAUCGAAAGUUGGGCAGACAACAAAACAACCCUUAAACGUUGAUUCUUUUCGACGACUUUUAAUGACAGGAAAAGCUGGCGAAGAUGAUGCUGCAUCUACACAAAUAUCGACCCAGCCCACCAACGACUUUCAUACUGGUGGAGCGUCAUCUUCAAAGGAGCGAAAGCUACCACCACCACCGCCGAGCUCUCGCCAUGGCAGAACGCUGAAGGCAGAUACUAAGAACGAUACUGCUGAAGAGCAGCUAAACCAUAUACAAGAGCCCGCGAAACGCGAUGAAUUCACGAACGACGAGACCGAAAGUACAGAUUCGUCAGAUGACGACAGCAGUGAGCCUGAAAGCCACCACCAAAAGGCGAUAUCGAAUGAGACACCACUGGCAAUACAGACCACAGGGAAGAAGCCAGUUCCAGCACCACCACCGCGACGCGGCCAUGGAAGGACAGACACAAAGACCAAUAUAUCCACUUCAGACAACAUCUAUGAGCCUUUACCAUUAGAUACCAGCGAACUGAAGCAUGGUUCGAAUCCCACCUCGACAGACCCUACUCCCACAAGACCCGAAUCUGUAAAAUCACCGUCAAAUGCACCAGCACCACCGCCACCGAGACGACCACAUGCAGCCCCGAAGCAGCCUCUUUCGGCUGGCCCUUCACCUUCCAUCUCAAGCAACUCAGUCACCCAAAUCACCAGCCCACCUCCAUCCGAGCCUACAAUGCAAAACACCGAAACGCCAACCAAGCUUAGCAAAGUUGGCGCGCCACCGCCACCCCCAACGCGAAAUGCCUCCUCUCGACGACCUACUAGCAUGCACGGCACGGAUGCCGCUGGUCGACGUUUAACAGCUGAGAGCCGCAACAGAGACGCUGCGAUGGCGCCACCACCUCCUCCGCCAAGACAGAGAGGAUCAAGCCCUCACGAGCCCACAUAUGACGAAGCUGCCAGUAGCUCAGACCAUGGCAAAGGAGCAGAUAUCCUAGCUGACUUGGAUGCGCUACAGAGAGAGGUGGAUGCUUUGCGAGGCAAAGUAGUAUGACGAAGAAAUGCCUAGCUAGCUGUAUAUAGAUACAUAUUGCAUUAUGAAGCGUGAUUUGGUGUUUCUUGAACAUAUAAAAUAUAUAUUCCACUUAUCCUUGCUCGGCUCGUUAACAUGCCACUGAUUGUUGUCCAACAGCUUUGCCCCAAACCAGCUCUAGUCUCGACGAUAUACGUCUAUGUCGACAUUAUAUACGUUAUUAUAAGGUGUAGUUAUAAAAUACAUUUAUCAAUAGCACUUGACAGGUUCGUUUGCACGCAUGUUGGUAUAUAAAAGCGUGUGAAGGCGUGCUUAGUCAUUUUCACACCACACCACACUCCUAUAUGACUAAAAGCUGCAUAUCUAGUAUUCUCCAUUGGAAUAAAAUAGCAUUAUAAUAUCAAAUGCACAAAAAGUUAAUUAAUAUUUCGGAAAAGGAUUUAUAUAUUAAUUCCAAUAUUUAUUUGGUGAUGGGUGAGCCUAUGCAAACUCACCGUACGGUGGCUAUAGUGGGCACCACCAACACGAAAAAUAAUUUGAACCCUUGUUCUCUUCUCUCCCCAACUAGCGAGCCGCUGAGCUAUCCCGCUCGGUCAAGGAU